UCACAGCAGAGCGCCGUCCUCCCGUCCUCAGGCCUCUGGGAUGAGUCCAUGAGUCCACAGGCCACUUUGCUGAUCUUCUAAGUCACCAGGGCAUACCAGCACAAGUAUUUUAAGGGCUCGGUCUAUUUGGAUAUCAUGGAUGGAGCAUAGCAUGAUCCUGACAGUUGUGCUAGGCUGAGCAGAUUAUCUCCGCGGCCUCAAAGACUUAAACACAGAACGUGAGCAGGCACAGCGGCCCGUGAGCGCCGAACAGGUCUGCAUUCGACUGGAGCCAGUGCCGAGCGGAGACCACCGGCAGAAGAAUCCGUAUCUGCGACUAAUGGUUUAUUUGUGAUAUUCUGCCGAUACUUACCGAUUGGCUGCUUGGUGUUCGCCUCCCAACCCACCGCCCACCACGGCCCUCACCUGUGUGUUGCGGUGCUUCCCCUGUGAGCCGACCUGGGCUGGCAGUCCGUUCUUGCACCGCCCGCCAACCCCGCCCAUGGUCCGAAUGACGCGCUCCAAGACCUUCCAGGCGUACCUGCCCAGCUGCCACCGGACCUACAGCUGCAUCCACUGCCGAGCUCACCUGGCCAACCACGACGAGCUCAUCUCCAAGUCAUUCCAGGGCAGCCAGGGCAGAGCCUACCUGUUCAACUCUGUGGUGAACGUUGGGUGUGGCCCAGCAGAGGAGAGAGUAUUGCUCACAGGCCUGCAUGCUGUAGCAGAUAUCUACUGCGAGAACUGCAAGACGACCCUGGGCUGGAAAUACGAACAUGCCUUUGAGAGCAGUCAGAAGUAUAAAGAGGGCAAGUUCAUCAUUGAGCUGGCCCACAUGAUCAAGGACAACGGCUGGGACUGAGGGACGAAGCAUCCGGGACACGAUCGCAGCGGUGGAAAAGAGGGAGGGGGACCUGGGUGACUGGAUGGAUGGACAAAUGAAUAGAGGAGGGGGAGCGAUGUGUGGUGGGUGAGUGUGUGACUUUGGUUUGGCUGAUUUACCAUAAACCUUUGUAACUCUCUGCCCGUCCCUCCCUACAAUGCCCCUUGAUGUAUACAUACACAUACACACAAAAAUGAGAUUCCAGACAUCCCAGCUUGACAGAGAGACAGACUAGGCAGGCUUGUAUGCAGCUAGCAGGACUAGGUGACUGGCCAGCAAUUAUAGACAUGCCAUCUUAUUUACUUGUUUUAUUUUGGUACUGAAACACAAAUUGAUAGCUCUUAAAAAGGUGUUAACACCCCCCUUUACCUUUUAGGAAACAUCAUCAUUGUGUGAUGUAUGUCUAAGAACAAUGUUAAAACCAGUAGUGACCAGGUAAUUCUGUGGAAAUUAAGACAGAAGGACCCGGGCACGGCCUGAUGGGGGUUCACUGGCCUUGGUGGAAAUGCUGACGGACAUUCACUCUGUCUGCAGCAUGAAUGAGAUGAUCUAAAAUCCAGCUGAUAGGGGCCAUGCCAGCUGGGCUAGUCAUGAGGCCUGGCACUGAGGCUUGGCACGGAGGCCUGAGCACAUGGAUGUGUUAGGUUGGGGAUGGGGGGCUCACACAACUCAAUAUGGUGGGAAGGAGAAGAUCCUGAUCCAGUUAUGUCAUUGCUUUGAUGGCUGCUGGCUGGGAUCCACUCCAUGUCUUGCUGGUGAUGUAGUUGAGAAUGAGCAGCAGCGUGAGCUGACCGUGAACAGACAAACAGCCACCAGCUUGUCCCAAAACCCCGCAGGAAUUUGCCCUCGCAGCAGGAGAGCAGCUCCCCUGGGUUUUAUUCAUCUUUCGAUUCGAAAGGUGUUUGGCGAACACAUUGCUGUGUCCACCUUUGUUUCUUUGCCAGGUAGAAAUUUGUUUCUUUGCCAGGUAGAAAAAGACAACAUGAGCGUGUCUCAGGUGAGCGAUUUUCAAUGGGAUUCCCUAAGGUUUGCAAGCAGCGUGAGCAUCUCCCUGCUGUCGUGGGCCGAUCAGCAUAGAUGACACGGCUCGGUAGGCUUUGGAGGGGGGCAGCUAGUGAUCAGUCAGACAAAUACGACCUCUGUUAUCAUGCAAGUAACAGGCCCUUCCACAUAGUUUGAUUUGAAGAAGCAAAUGGCUAAUGCAUGGGGUAAGGGAAAUUUAAGUUUUACUAAAGAUACAAGUUACAUGACCACUGAGGUGUGUACUGUAGAUUCAUGUGUAUAAAAGGUAAUACCUAUCACCUCUAGGCUCUCUUUCAGUCUGGGAUGAAGACUGAUAAACUGCUGUUACACCUUCACCAACUGUCACGAAACUUUAUGAUGAACCUAUUGGGCAACAUUAUGAAGCACUGGACUAGAUAGACCUAUUUUUAUUAUUCUUCAUCAUCUUUUCAGGUUUUGCAUCAGUUUUAGAGCAUUUUUCGUAUUUUCUCUCACUAAAAAUUUCUCAUGCAUCAUGGGCCAUUGAGUUAUGAUAUAUGAGGAAACAUUUAUGGGAAGCUUGUUCAGGUACCUUGAUGCUAACUUUUCUUUGCAAUGGCCUGGGUCCUACAAUUGAUCCCGUGGAAAUGCAGCGUAAAUGCAUGCAUGAUGGAAAACUAAGGUUUUCUGAGUUUUGUGCUCAGUCCGCAUCACAUUUUUGUGGGGGUGGGGGGACUUUAUGUAAAAGAGUUGUACUGACACCUUGUGCUGUAAAACAACGUCUUAUCGGUUGCAUCAGUACAUUUGAGCUAUGAGAUCCCUUUGCAAUGGCACAAAAGCAUUAGAGAUUAAAUGUGAUCCUGGUUAAUUUAGAAAAACUCAAAUUAGUCGACCUGUCACAUAUAGUUUCUUAUGAUGUGAAAAUGACUCAUGAAGUUGCUCUGUGAAUGGUGAGCCCUGUUAACUCAAACCUAAAGACUAAACUCUCUUCAGUAAUACUCAGCAGCUGACUUCUCAGUCGGAGGCGAUGAAAUGAAACCCAGCACAACCAAAGAAGCCACCCAUCAACAAUAAUUUGACCCAACAAAAGAUCUCAUUUUGCUUGGGCAAAGUGUUGCAGAACAAAGGGGUGUGUGUAUAGCUGAAAGCCAAGGUUGCGGAUACCCUUUCUCUGUGAUAUAUAUAUAUAUAUAUAUAUAUAUAUAUAUAUAUAUAUAUAUAUAUAUAUUGCAACAUGAGUUUGUAAACAAAAGAUCUUAAUAUAUAUAUUCUAUUUACUGUAUUCACCAUGAGGAUUACCAUUAAUGUCAACCUCCGUGUUACAGACUGUAAAUAGUGUCAAUGUAUUGUGUUUUAUCUAUGAUCCAUAUGAUGAAUGAUUGAAUGAAUAUGAUUUCAGUCAUGUCAUGCUUUCUCUCUGGUACCCCACAUUGGCUGUACAAUACUACUUUUUUUUACUGAAAAUGUUUAAAUUUUAAUGUAUUUUGUAAAGGAGGAUGCUGAUGUUGACUAUAUAUCAUUGGAUCUUCAUCUAAUAAAUAGCACCUUGAUCAGUA